GUCCCCUCUUUGCAAGCUUCAAAAUACCAGCAGCUUGGGCACACCUUCCUUGCAAGCAAUUUUCGCUGAAUUCUUUGUAAAUGAUUUGAUUUCCCGCCCAGAUUUGUCACGAUGGCCCCUUUUUCAACACAGCCAACCAGCCUGGUUGACUUCGACCAGAAAAGCCUGCUGAUUUCUGCAAUCAGCAUCGCCUUCAACCCGACAUUUUGGAAUAUCGUUGCAAGACAAGAAUACCACAACAAGACCCUCACCCGCCUCUUCGGUGGCCGCUCCCAAACAGCCUGCUAUGGUCUCGCCGCGACCAUCUUCUCCCUCGGCCUCGUCCGCGAUUUCCUCUACGAGCGAGCCCUCCGCCACCAGCCGUCCCACCCGGCCCUAGAAGGCCAGCUCCCGACUCUCGCCGGGUACGCGCUGUUGGCCGCCGGAAACAUCCUGGUCAUCUCUUCGACUUGGGCGCUGGGCAUCACCGGUACCUUCCUGGGCGACUACUUCGGCAUCCUGCAGGAGAAGAUGGUGACGGGCUUCCCGUUCAACGUCACCGACGCGCCCAUGUACUACGGGUCGACCAUGAGCUUCCUGGGAACGUCCUUGAUCUACGGCAAGCCGGCCGGCCUCCUGCUGACGUUCGAGGUCCUCGUCGUCUACCUGGUUGCGCUGCGGUUCGAGAACCCGUUCACCGGCGCCAUCUAUGCCAAGCGGGAUCGCGAGAGGGCUGCCGCUGCUGGGAAGAAGGUAGAGGGCAAGAAGGAGCUGUGAGAAGCGUGCAGUUGGGCAGUGGGCAGGCGUCGUACGCUGCAAUGGUUGGCGAUGUUCGAUGGGG